CUUACUUUACGUUGUACAGUCGGUGCAUCGGCGCAAGCGACAGAGAAAGGCAGUAGGUUUUUAUUUCUUGCAUACUUUAUUUCUGUACUGGAAUAUCCUGAAAGAUAAUUGCCGUUCAGACAUUAAAUUUAGAAUGCUAGCCGCCAGAGCCCUGCGUCUCGUUGGCAAACGUGCCAUCUCCACCUCAGUGUGUCUACGAGGUGGACAUGGUGUUGCCAAGGUAGAGGAAUAUACCCUCCCCUCUUAUUUUGACAGGAGGGAGAACCCCCUGCCUGACAUCCAGUAUGUGCAGAACCUGAGCCCUGAGCAAGUCUCCCUGAAGGAAAAGGAGAAGGGCUCCUGGGCCUCUCUCUCUAAUGAUGAGAAGAUUGCAUUGUACCGCAUCAGCUUCAAACAGAGCUUUGCUGAGAUGAACCAGGGUACCUCAGAGUGGAAAUCAGUCAUUGCUGGGAUCUUCUUCUUUGUUGGCUUAACUGGCCUGGUUGUUCUUUGGCAGAGAAAGUUUGUGUACGGACCUGUCCCACACACGUUUGACCCAGAGUACAAACAGAAAGAGCUGCAGAGGAUGCUUGAUAUGAGGAUCAAUCCAGUUGAGGGCUUCUCAGCCAAGUGGGACUACGAGAAUAAGCAGUGGAAGAAAUAAACCUUUCAGAGGGACCAUGACCUACACUUAAAAAAAAAAACAACCCCCAAACCAGACCAACCCAAGCAUACCAAUAUCUCUGUAUUUAUCAGUUGUUCAUGUUCAUUCAGUCUGCAUUUUGGAAGGCCUCUUCCUCUUAAGGUCAAUGUACUAUAGAAAUGAGAAUAAAAAUUCCUGUUUCCCCA